AUGGGGCCAGCUGGACAGUCUGGAAGAGUAGCUGUGGAUGAUGGGGCCAGCUGGAUAUUCUGGGAGAGUGAGGUGGCUGUGGAUUAUGGGGCCAGCUGGACGGUCUGGGAGAGUGAGGUGGCUGUGGAUGACGGGACCAGCUGGACGUAUGUCCAGGCCGACGCACCGACGAAUAAAACCCUGGCUGGGCUGGUGGCUCAAUUGCUGCAGUUCCAGGAAGAUGCCUUCGGAAAACACGUGGCCAAUCCUGCCUUCACCAAGUUUCCGGCCAAGUGCUUCCUGGACUUCAAAGCCGGAGGAACUUUGUGUUACAUCCUCGGGGCGGCUUACAAGUACAAGAACGAACAAGGAUGGCGGAGAUUCGACUUGCAAAACCCGUCGCGGAUGGACCGCAACGUCGAAAUGUUCAUGAACAUUGAGAAAACAUUAGUGCAGAAUAACUGUCUGAGCAGACCCAGCAUCUACCUCAUUCCGGACAUCGAACUGAAACUGGCGAACAAGCUGAAAGAGAUUGUCAAACGCCACCAGGGGUCCAUCACGGACGAGAAAUCGAAAGCCACCCAUCACAUAUACCCUGUUCCUACCUCACUGGAUGAAGACGAGUGGCUGAGACCGGUGACGAGGAAAGACAAGCAGGUCCUGGUGCAUUGGGGUUAUUAUCCAGACAGCUACGACACCUGGGUUCAGGCGAGCGAAGUCGACGCCGAGAUUGAAGACCCUCCGUUUCCCGAAAAGCCCUGGAAGGUCCACGCCCGAUGGGUCCUGGACAUGGACGUCUUCAACGAGUGGAUGAACGAGGAAGACUACGAGGUGGACGACGGCAAGAAGCCGGUCAGCUAUCGGCAGCGGGUUUACUUGAGGAACGAAGAGCCGGUCCGUAGCCCCGAGCGGCGAGAUCGGAAAGCUGCGGGCGGCGCCCGGAAGAGGAAGGCCUCCCCUUCGCCCCCGCUGCCUCCCACCCCUGUGGAAUCCAGGAAGAAAGCCGGCAAGAAAGGACAAGCCAGCCUCUACUGCAAGAGACGCGGGCAAAAGGACGAGGAUGAGCAGGAGGAUCUCACCAAGGACAUGGAGGACCCCACCCCGGUGCCCAACAUGGAGGAGGUGGUCCUUCCCAAAAACGUCAAUCCGAAGAAGGACAGCGAAAACACGCCGGUGAAAGGAGGCACCGUAGCAGAUCUUGACGAACAAGACGAGGACACGCUGACGAGUGGAGGAAAGGAAGACGAAGACCCCAACAGAGGGGACCAGGGACGCUCCCUCGACGCCGGGGAAGACAACGUCACGGAACAGACCAACCACAUCAUCAUCCCCAGCUACGCCUCCUGGUUUGACUACAACUGCAUCCACGUCAUCGAACGCCGGGCUCUUCCCGAGUUCUUCAACGGGAAGAACAAAUCCAAGACGCCGGAAAUAUACUUAGCCUACCGCAAUUUCAUGAUUGACACCUAUCGCCUGAACCCUCAAGAGUACCUCACCAGCACGGCCUGCCGGAGAAAUUUGACCGGGGACGUUUGUGCCGUGAUGAGGGUCCACGCCUUUCUGGAGCAGUGGGGGCUGAUUAAUUACCAAGUGGACCCCGAAAGCCGACCCAUGGCAAUGGGACCCCCGCCCACCCCCCACUUCAACGUGCUGGCCGACACCCCUUCGGGACUCAUGCCGCUCCACCUGCGGACUCCUCAGAUCCCGGCUGCCCAACAAAUGCUGAAUUUCCCGGAGAAAAACAAGGAGAAGCCGACCGAUCUGCAAAACUUCGGUCUCCGCACGGACGUCUACUCCAAGAAAACCUUAGCCAAGAGCAAAAGCGCCAGCGCCGGCCGAGAGUGGACCGAACAAGAGACUCUCCUUCUGCUUGAGGCGCUGGAGAUGUACAAGGACGAUUGGAACAAAGUCUCUGAGCACGUCGGGAGUCGCACCCAGGACGAGUGCAUCCUCCAUUUUCUCCGGCUUCCCAUCGAAGACCCUUACCUGGAGAACUCGGACGCCUCGCUGGGACCUUUGGCGUACCAGCCCAUCCCCUUCAGCCAGUCCGGCAAUCCGGUGAUGAGCACCGUGGCCUUCCUAGCCUCGGUGGUGGACCCCCGGGUGGCGUCGGCCGCAGCGAAAGCAGCGUUAGAGGAAUUUUCCCGCGUCCGGGAGGAAGUCCCUCUGGAGCUGGUGGAGGCCCACAUCAAGAAGGUCCAGGAAGCCGCCCGUAUUUCGGGGAAAGUGGACCCCACGUACGGCCUGGAGAGUAGCUGCAUCGCCGGAACGGCCGACGACAAGCCCGAGAAAGCUGAUGGACCUGAAGAGGAGAAGAUGGAGACAGACGCGGAUGGAGCGCCGGCAGACAAAGUAGAAAGCAAAGGAGAGAACGAAAUAGACGGGAACAAGCUACAGGAAGGAGGAGAGGACGAGAGAAUCGCAGAAAAAGAACAAGAUAGUGACGUGUCUCAGGAUUCCAAACACGAUGACAAGGAAGCCGAGGAGAACAAGGAGAACUUUGACACGGGCAAAGAGAAGGAAGGCAGCGGCGGGAAGCGGCGAGGCGAGCACGAAGUCUCCGAAGGGAAUGUUGCGACGGCUGCAGCUGCCGCCCUGGCCUCCGCUGCCACCAAAGCCAAGCAUCUGGCCGCCGUUGAGGAACGGAAGAUCAAGUCUCUGGUGGCUCUCCUGGUGGAAACCCAGAUGAAGAAACUGGAGAUCAAACUUCGCCAUUUUGAAGAGCUGGAAACCAUCAUGGAUAGAGAGAAAGAGGCGCUGGAGCAGCAAAGGCAGCAGCUGCUAACUGAGCGUCAAAACUUCCACAUGGAGCAACUCAAAUACGCCGAACUCCGAGCCCGGCAACAGUUAGAACAGCAGCAGCAACAACAACAACAACAACAGAGCCAGAACGCACAACAGUCACACCAGCACGCCAGUGGUCCGGGCAUGAAUCCUCUGGGCAUAGCGUUGACAUCUCACCAGCAGCCUCCCCCUUACCCCAUGAUGCACCACCCGAUGCCCCCGCCACACACCCCUCAACCAGGUCCAAUCCUUGGACAGGGCUCCAUGAUGCCCGGACAGGCCUUGCCAAGCCGAAUCAUGCCAGCCGGAUCCGCCGGCGCCCAGUCAGCCGCCGGCGCCACCAUCCCUCCCUCUGGGCCGGGAAACAUCGUGGGACCCCGGGGACCCCUGGCAUCUCCCAACGGCUUGUAUCCUCAGCCGCCUCCAUCUCUUCCUCCUCCUCCUCCGGCCGAUGGGGCAACGCCGCCACCCGCGGGACCGCUCCCCGCCUCCACCGCACCCUGAAACAUGUCCUUCGCAACCAGGACCUUCUCAAGCUCUGGCAGAUGCAACCAACACCAUCGUUCUUCCAUGUUC